AUGGUAGACCAGCACUCUUCUUUUUCAUCCGCCUAUUCUUACUCUUCACAUCUUUGUCAAACUAUUAGUUCUUAUUUCUUUAUUUGUUUUUAUAUCUCUAUUCAUCUACAUAUAGUUAUACCUAAAAAUAAAAGUAAAAGCAAAUACUCAUCAACUACUAUGAGUAAACCAAGAAGAAAUAGAUCAUUGAAUACAUUGAUCGAGGAUGGAUUAGUUGAUACUGAAGCUACCUGGUCUUUUACAUGGAGUGAUGUAACAUACACAGGCACUAUUACAAAGAGUAAAGGUCAUUAUUGCUUCAGUGGUGCACAAAAGGAUGGUCUAGUCAUCACUGAACAUGCAUCUACAACCUUUAUCCGUAACUUUUUAGCGUUGGACUCUAGUACUAUUGUCGAUGGCAACAAGAUCAUGUUUGUCAAUAACAAGAGAAUCUCUGAUUAUGUUUUAUUGGAGAGCCCAUCAUCUUCAACUACAUCAACUCCAACAUCUAACAAUAGUAGUAAUAAUAAUAAUAAUGUUAUGACUACACCGACAAGAGAUGGUUCCGUUGUCAAUCUUAUUGAAAGUUUCAAGAGUAUUGGCCUCACACUUUCACCACCGUCAUCGAUUACUACUCCACCAAGUACACCCUUUUCAAGUGGACCACCAAGAUCACCUGCAUCAGUGGUAGCACCAAAUAGUAAACUAUUGUCUGGCAACUCUAAUUCCUAUCAUAGUAAUAUGAGAACUAUUGCAUACCAAUUCUAUAGAGAAGGUGAUGAUAAUAUUCCUUUGUCACCAGUUAAAGAUAAUAUCAUUAUCCCUGCCACGAUCGUACCUUCCUCUCCUACUUCUACUACAACCUCUACAACUUCUACUACCUCUACAACUCCUACAACUGCUACAACAUUGAUUUCAACUCCAACUAAAAAAGAACCAAUUAAAAUUGAAUAUGAAGAUUCUACAAUCAAAGCAUCUGGUAUUGGUAGAUAUUUCCAUCUUGAUUGUGAAAGAUAUUUUAAUUGGUCAACUAAAAAGAAAUCAUCUUCCUCUACCUCUUCAACACCAUCAUCAUCAUCAUCAUCCUCUACUUCUACUUCUACUUCUUCUGAUAAUGAAACCAUUUCAAAUGCAAUUAUACAAGAUGGUUUUGCAUGGGAAGAUAAGGUAUUGGAAAUUUUAAUUCAAGAGAAACAUAAAAUCCAUCAACCAGUCAAAGGUGCUCAAACCAUUCCAUUUGAUCAAGUAGUAAAAUUAUUAAAAGAAGAAAAGGAGAAUAGUUAUAUUGUACAAGCUACUUUGAUUGCACCAAUUAGUUUCCGUCAAAACAUUCCAGACCAUGUCAAAUUUACACAGUCUAUUCCAGAUUUCCUUCGCAUUGGUAGAAGUAUUGGAGGAGGAAAGAGAAAACUCAAGAUUCUCGAUGCAAAAUCAACGGCCAGUAUUCACUUUGCACAAAAAGUACAGUUGGCCUACUACUAUAUCUGGUUGCAAGGAAUUAUUGAAAGCGAGAAUAUUACCGACCUUGAAUUGGAUGACUUUGGUGCCAUCUUUUUAAAGGGACUCACCACUCCAAUGGACUUUAAUAUAUUGGAGCCUGUACGAUUGUUGAAACGUUUCCUCUACGGUGAUAAAACCAACUCUCAAUCACAAAUGGUAAAGAUCAUUUCGACACCACGUGAAGAAAGUGUUUGGAGACUAACCGAAACAUGUGAAGGUUGUGAAUACCUUGAACAAUGUACUGCACAAGCCAAUUCAGAACUAAAUCAUAAUGCCAUUGCAAAUGUUCAAAUUGAUACAAUUACAAGUUUAUUGGAAUAUCAUCAACAAAAACAAGAUCAAUCAACAACUCCAACCAAAUCAGCACCCAUUAAAAUGAAUGAAAUUGAAAAAUUAAAUAGUAUAAAAGUUGAAGAUGUAGAUGAUCCACAACUCAAAGUACAACUACUUAGAUUAAAACCAAAACUACAAACGGUGCUAUCAAAUACUGUCGUACCAACUGGUUAUGUUGAUGUAAUGCUACCUUCUUAUGAAGAUAUAUCAAUCUAUUUAUCUUUGGUAUCACAUCCCCUCAAACAAACAUUUUACAAAUGGACUAUUUUAAAGGUUGAAAACUCAAUCUCUAAAACACCAAAAGAUCCACUCAACAUUGAUUAUCAAUCUCUAUCUCACAAUACUAUCUUUUAUAAUGGUGAAAAUUUUUAUAGUUUAAUCUUAAAAUUAAAUUCAAUCUUUUCUGAUGCAAUUAAUACAAAAUCAACAUUACAAGUAUUUACUUGGGAUGCAUUUGAAAAAAGUUAUUUCUUAAAAUCAUGUUAUGAAUUGUUAAAGAGAUCAUAUGAUAUUGAUGAUAAGGAAAUGCAAAGUAAUUUGGUACAUGUGAUGGGAGUAUUGAUGGAUAAUUCAAAUUGGAUUAAUUUCAAUAUCGGUGGUGUCUACCCUCAAGAACCAUUUUCAUACAAUGUUGGUGGUCAAUCCCAAGGAAGUGGCCCUUCCAACUUCCCAUUCAUUCUCGUCAAAGAUCAAAUAUUGAAAUCAUUGGCAAUCAAGGUAUCACCUCCCUUUUCAAUUGGUGAGAUUUCAAAAAAAGUUCUUUCCCUCGACACUAUCCCAUCAUCUCUAAACUCGGAUUACAUUUUUAAUAACUAUAUUAAAAAGGAUCACAAAGACAAAGAAGAAAAUGUUGUUUUUAAUGAAAGAACUGAACAAUUAUUCAAUUUAAUGGCCCAUCUUCGUUCUAUCUUAUUUACUGAUAUUUAUAAACAAAAAUCUCAAAAGUUUAAUUUUAGAAAAUUUUUAAAUUAUAAUAAUAUAUUGGUAAACAAAUUAUUAUAUUGUCAUCAAUUUGAAUCAAUGGAAUCAUAUAGAGAAAUUAAAUCUGCAAGAUCAAAUCCAUUGAGUCUUAAUAUUUAUGAUGGAAAAUAUUUAAUCUUACGAAAACUAUCCAACCAACCAAACAAAGAUGGUUUUUAUAGAUUCCAAGCAGAUAUCAUUCCACAAUAUUAUUCAUAUUUCCAACAAAAGCUAGCAGACGCAUUUUCACACUUUUGUUUAACACCAAACACACAAGAUGGACUCAAUUUCCUAUCCAGUUUUAACGAUAUUAGUUAUCAAUCACAAUAUGGAGUUCGUGGAAUGUGUGAUAUAUCUGAUUUUGAAAUUGAUCAAGUUGAAGCUUAUCCAACUCAAUAUUUAUUCAAUGCAAAGAUUUCUAUCAAACCUUCAAAAAAUUCAAAUUUAUUUAAUGAUUGUAAUAGUAAUGAAUUUAUAUUAUUUGAAAGAUUUGAUAAUCAUUUCUUUUCACAAUAUAAAUGGUUGGUACAAGGAUAUGAUAGUAUUGAUAGUCAAGGAACAGAAGAAUCAACAUUACUUGGGUUAUUUGAUAAACCAUUGGAAUGGAUAAGGGAGGAGGAAGAUUAUAAGAAAUUCAGCUUGGCCUUUACCAACACUAUAGAAGCAUUUAAUCAAACGAGUAGUAAUCAUCCAGACCAAAGAUUGACACUGACAAAAUCACAAAGAGAGAUUGCUAUUAGUGUGGUGCAGAGAAGACUUCAAUUGGUGAGAGGACCACCUGGAACGGGCAAGACCCACUUUUUGGCAUUACUGGUACUCAUGUUUUUCGAAACCAUUUUUAGAAUGAAGAGUCACGAUACCUAUACCAUUGUCAUCUCUGCAUUGACCCACACUGCCAUUGAUAAUGCUCUGAUUCGUAUUGCUCAAUUAAAGAAAGAGUAUGAAGGGUAUGCUGGUAGUGCAUUGCCAUUCCACAUUUACAAAAAGGAAAACAAACCACUUGCCAAGGAACUCGUCGAACAAGGAAUUCUAGAACACAAGCAAUUGGACAAGAAAACGUGUCCGAGAUUUAUCGUGGUUGGAGCAACGUGUUGGGGUGUCAAUACUUACAAGAAUCCAAUUGACUUUUUGAUCAUUGAUGAAGCAUCACAACUCCAAACACCUAUUGCUGCGCUGGCAAUCAACAAGGCACCUAGAGUAGUUGUUUGUGGUGAUCCCAAGCAGUUGCCACCCGUUCUCCACGGAACCUAUCACUCCAACAAGAGUCUGUCUGUCGAUGAAUACACAUCCGAUCCCAAAGUACACAAAUCCAUCUUCUCAUGUCUCAAGGGAUUACUCAGACACCAUCUAGUCGCCGAUCCAUUCCUAUCACUCAACGAGAACUUUAGAAUGACAUCUGAUCUAUGUCAAUUCUCUAGUCUCCUCUACGGACCAUCCUACAGAUGUGCAGAGACUGGUGCAAGAGAAUUUAACAUUCAUACACUCCAACAGUCAAAAGAAUGGAAGGAUCUAUUGUCACGCUCAACAUCAGUUAUUCAAGGAUUGUAUGGUGAUCAUAGAUCGUGUCAUAGUAUUGUACUAGACACCAAGUAUCUUGGAAACCGUCGUGUUGAAGUUGAACUGGUCAGAGAAAUCUAUCGUUUUGAAUUGGGAUUGUUCAAGAGUAGUAGAUCAUCAUCGACUACAUCGGCCAGUGAAUUGGAAGAUCAAUUUUGGAAGUCAAAACAAUUGGGUAUUAUUACACCUUUGAAUAUGCAACGUAUUGAUAUGCAAUCAAUGAUUAGUUCUGAACAGUAUCUUGCUGGUAGUCAAGAAUUCAAACCAUCGGUUGGUACCGUUGAAAAGAUGCAAGGACAAGAAUUUGAUACUGUUGUAGUUUGUUACAAUGGUUGGAACAGUGGUAGUGGCAAGACUCUAGACUUUAUCUUUAAUCUUAAUCGUCUCAACGUAGGUUUCACCCGUUCCAAGACUAGAUUAAUUUUAAUCAUCUCUGAAUCACUACUUCGUCCCAAUCAAUUGGUCCUAAAUAAUGCAAAGACUAGCAAAGCUUAUAAUCAUCUCCUCAACUAUGUUCAAAACUCUUCUAUUCAUAAAUUUAUUAUCAAACAAACCAACAUUUAUCAAAAAACACCAAUUAGAGAUACAACUCCAACUACUCCUACUACUCCAAUUUCACCUUUUAAUUUUAAUAUUAUUAAUAAUAAUAAUAAUAAUUCACCAUCAACUCCAAAUAAUAAUAAUCAAACAAAUAAUAUUCCAUCAACACCAGAAACAUUACUUCAACAAGAAUUUAUUAGAAAAUUAAAUUUAAACAAAGAGGAGGAGGAUUAA